GGGGUCGGUCUGUCGGGAGUCUCGGUCCUCCGGUGUAGCCAGUGCUGUGCCGCUCGUUCUCCUGGACCGGGUGGAUCAUCCUCGCCGUUGUCGCCGCCGCCGCUCCGGUGUGGUGGAUCUUUUUUUGUGGUGUGUGUGAGAGUGGUGGUGCCCGUCGUCGUCGUCCUCCUCCCCCCUCUCUAUCUCUCUCUCUUUCACUCUUUUUUUUAAAAGUAAAGUAGUUCAUUGAUUUCAAAAAAGCGUUCACACGGGAGAAUAUGGAGUACCAGAACGACGAGCAAGUUUACAUGGAGCAGGAGGAGGAGUGGGAGCGCGAGGGCCUCCUGGACCCCGCCUGGGAGAAACAGCAGAAAAAGACCUUCACUGCCUGGUGCAACUCUCACCUGCGAAAGGCUGGCACCCUCAUCGAGAGCAUAGAGGAAGAAUUCCGAAAUGGCCUCAAACUUAUGCUGCUCCUUGAGGUUAUCUCUGGUGAGACCCUCCCCAGACCAGACAGAGGCAAGAUGCGUUUCCACAAGAUUGCCAACGUCAACAAAGCCCUUGACUUCAUCGCCAGCAAGGGUGUCAAGUUGGUAUCCAUCGGUGCUGAAGAAAUCGUUGAUGGCAACCUGAAGAUGACUUUGGGUAUGAUCUGGACCAUCAUCUUGCGAUUCGCUAUCCAGGACAUCAGCGUAGAGGAGAUGACUGCAAAGGAGGGUCUCCUUCUCUGGUGCCAGAGAAAGACUGCACCUUACAAGAACGUCAACGUGCAGAACUUCCACACCUCCUUCAAGGAUGGUCUCGCAUUCUGUGCUCUCAUCCACCGUCACAGACCAGAUCUGCUUGACUACUCUCAGCUGUCCAAGGAUGAUCCCCUUCACAACCUUAACCUUGCCUUCGAUAUUGCUGAGAAGCACCUUGACAUCCCCAGGAUGUUGGACCCCGAUGAUUUGGUGAACACACCUAAGGCUGAUGAACGCGCCAUCAUGACCUACGUGUCUUGCUACUACCAUGCCUUCCAGGGGGCCCAGCAGGCUGAGAUGGCUGCUAACCGCAUCUGCAAGGUGCUGAAGGUUAACCAGGAGAACGAGCGCCUCAUGGAGGAAUACGAACGCCUCACCUCCGACCUGCUGGAAUGGAUUCGUCGCACCAUUCCGUGGCUCCAGGCCCGCCAGCAGGAUAACACAUUGGCUGAUCUACAAAAGAAAUUAGAAGAAUACAGACUCUACAGACGCAACCAUAAGCCUCCACGCGUAGAACAGAAGGCCAGAUUAGAGACUAACUUCAAUACACUUCAGACCAAACUCCGUCUCUCCAACCGCCCAGCAUACCUUCCCUCUGAGGGUAAGAGUGUCACUGACAUCGCCAAUGCCUGGAAGAAUCUUGAAGGAUGUGAAAAGUCCUUCGAAGAUUGGCUGCUCUCAGAGAUGAUGAGAUUAGAGCGUCUUGAACAUUUGGCCAAGAAAUUCAAGCAUAAGGCAGAAAUCCACGAGGGCUGGACUUCUGGUAAGGAGGAAAUGCUGCAGAGCCAGGACUUCAGGAAUUGCAAGCUUAAUGAGCUCAAAGCUUUGAAGAAGAAGCACGAGGCCUUCGAGUCUGAUCUUGCCGCACACCAGGAUCGUGUGGAGCAAAUCGCAGCUAUUGCUCAGGAGCUCAACGCUCUUGACUACUAUGAUUCUGCUACCAUCAACUCUCGCUGCCAAGCAAUUUGCGACCAGUGGGACAGACUUGGCACCCUCACUACAACUCGCAGAAACAACUUGGAAGAAACUGAGAAGCUUCUUGAAAAGAUUGACCAACUCCAUCUCGAAUUCGCCAAGAGGGCAGCUCCCUUCAACAACUGGCUUGAUGGAGCCUGUGAAGAUCUCGUUGAUAUGUUCAUCGUGCACACCAUUGAAGAGAUUCAGGGCUUGAUCGAUGCACACAACCAGUUCAAGGCAACACUUGGUGAGGCCGACAAGGAAUACCAAGCCAUCAUGGCUCUUGUCAAUGAAGUACAGCACAUUGCUCAGCAGUACAAGAUCCCUGGUGGUCUGGACAACCCAUACACCACUUUGACUGCUCAGGUCAUCUCUGGCAAGUGGGGUGAAGUCAAGAAGCUUGUGCCCCAGCGUGAUGGAACUCUACAGAACGAACUUGGCAAACAGCAGAACAAUGAAUCACUCCGUCGCCAGUUUGCUGAAAAGGCUAAUGGCGUUGGUCCAUGGAUUGAGAAGCAGAUGGAUGCUGUUGCUGCCAUUGGUAUGGGUAUGCAUGGAUCCGUUCUUGAAGACCAGCUCAACCGUCUGAAGGAUUACGAAAAUGCUGUCAUCAGCAACAAAGCCAUCAUGGAUGAAAUGGAGAAGAUUCACCAAGCUGUACAGGAGUCCAUGAUCUUUGAGAACAGGUACACUCAAUAUACUAUGGAGACCCUCCGUGUUGGAUGGGAACAGUUGUUGACCUCCAUCAACCGCACCAUCAACGAGGUUGAGAACCAGAUUCUUACCAGAGACUCUAAGGGCAUCAGCCAAGAACAACUUACAGAGUUCCGUGGCUCAUUCAAUCACUUUGACAAGAACAGGGCAGGCCGUUUGGCACCGGAUGAAUUCAAGUCAUGCUUGAUCUCUUUGGGAUACUCCUUCGGUAAGGACCAACAGGGUGACAUUGACUUCCAGAGAAUCCUCAGCAUUGUUGACCCCAACAGCACUGGAUUCACUCAGUUUGACGCAUUCUUGGACUUCAUGACUCGCGAGAAUGUGGAUUCUGAUACUGCUGAACAGGUUAUUGAUUCCUUCAGGAUCCUUGCUGGAGAUAAGCCAUACAUCCUUCCUGAAGAAUUGCAGCGCGAAUUGCCUCCUGACCAGGCAGAAUACUGUAUCCAGCGCAUGCAGCCUUACACUGCUGAUGGUGCUCCUCCAGAGGCUCUUGACUACAUGUCAUUCUCCACUUCACUGUAUGGUGAAUCUGACCUGUAAAUGAAAUAAGAAAUAUCUUUAAAAGUAUUGGGGUUUAACCUCUCUGUUAAAUUUUUGGAGGGAUGAAUGUGUCACCAUGCCCUCAGUUUGAUGAUAAUCAGUGGUGAAAGGGGUGAAGUCACAAUAAAGGAGUGAAGAAUAUUGUGGACCAUCUAAUUUGCUGUUUUAGGUGACUUAAUAAUAUAAGUGAAUUUAAGAAAAAUUCCUAUUAACAACUGAUAAGGUAUUUGUGUCCUGGUGAUACAUUAAAAUAGCGAAGUUUAGGCUCUGAUCAGGAUCUUGUACCAAGUCCUUUCAGUAUCGAUACUAUUAAGGAUUGCUUUGCACAAAUAAUUAAAAAAGGAAAGCUAAAUAUCUGGGAGUGGAAACUGACAUUUAGAGGACUUGAGAACAUUUCCCAUGGAAGUGUUGUUGGUACAACGAAUGCCUGUCACUCAUACCAGAUAAAGCCGUUAUUGACGGUAGACGCAAAGACAUUUAGUCUACCAGGUGCUAAAGAGGAGUGGGAGGCAAAGGUAAGGCUUUGUGCCAGGUUGCUGACUUCCAACAAAAUUUUAACAGAAAUUUGAAGUUUGAAAAUAAAGGUUAUAUUUUUUUUUCCUUCUAUUUCUUCAUUAACAACUGGUACUUGCCUGUAACUCGAGUAAAACCAUCCAAGCCCCUUUUGAUACAUUUUCACCCAAACACUGCCACCAAUAGUGCCUCCUCUUCAGUGUUGUUCUUCCAGUGAACUGUCGUGACUUUCAGCCCAUAUUCUGGAAUGUCGUCUAGAUCUAGUCUGCUUCGAGUAACACUUAUGGUUUUAAAAAAUGAGCCGGAUCUGAACGAGAUUUGAAAAUUUGGGUUAACGCCUUUGUUGUAGUUGUAAUCAUGGAAUCUAGUCCUAAUUGCCUAAAAGCCUGCUGCUGCUUAAGCAGAAUUUUUGUUAUAAGUUACUAAAAUGGAUUAUCACAAAAAUCCUGCUAUUCUUGCUAAUUAAUUGUAAAAAAUGUGUACUACUGCUCUUCCCCUCAAUGGUUUGUGAUGUGUAUAUUACCUCCUGUGUGCCAGAACACUCGACUCUGUAAAUGGACAAACUUUAUAUUCUGCAAAAAAAAAAUUGUACUAAAGGUUUUUAUGAAAGGUGGGUGAAGGUGUUUACCUACAUUAUUUUAUAGCCAUUAAUGGAAUACUAUUUCUUUGUGUACAGAACUAAAAGACCAAGGUAUUCUCUGUUCUGACAGGUAAAUUGUGCUUUGUUUAUUUAAAAGCUUGACAUAUGUAGUUUCCAAAGUUUUGAUUAUAUCUGUAAUUAUAUCUUAGGGCAAUAUUUAUUGUUACAGGCAACAGUCGGUGUAAAACUGGGAACCACGUGGAAUUUUUCUUCAUAUUAAAUUAUAUUAUUUUAUAAAUAUACAUUUAUUCACGUGUUUUCUUAGUUUUGUCACUGCUUACCAAUAAAGCCGAUCUUACACAUUUUGUGUAAUAUCACAAAUAAAGGAUAAUGUAAAUUUU